CUCAGGUGUGCAUUUUGGUGUAUAUAUGAAGACACCAGACUGGCCCAGAUGUAUGCACUUAGCUCUCCUGGGCACUCGAGACAGCACGAUCACGCCAAGCCGAGCCAAGACGAGCCAACAGCAGCUGCACACUCUCUCUUCUCUCCAGACACAUUCUUUUUUUUUUGUCUUUCCUUUUUCCCUUUUUUUGCACCAGCACCAUGACCCCUCGGUCUCUCCUGCUGUGCGCCCUGGCUCUGUUGUCUCUCCUCGGCACCGCCCGGAGCGGCCCCAUGUGCAACAACCGGUGCUGCCGCUUCGUGGAGGGCUUCCCUGUCCGACUCAGGAGGCUCAGGGAGGACUACUCGCAGAUCAGAGACUUCUACGAAGCCAACGACGACCUGAACACGGCGCUGCUGGACCAGAGCGUCGAGGACUCUUUCGAAAGUCCGUUUGCGUGCCACGCCAUGAACAGCAUCCUGGACUUCUACCUGAGCACCGUGCUGCCCACGGCCAUGGCCGGAGUGACGGAGGACGCCAAGGAGCUGAAGCCCCACGUCGAGUCCAUCCAGCACAUCUUCGACGAGCUCAAGUCCGAUGUCAGCAGAUGUAGAAACUACUUCUCAUGCAAGAAACAAUUUGACAUCAAUCACCUCAACUCUACUUACAACCAGAUGGAGAGUAGAGGUCUGUUCAAGGCCAUGGGCGAGCUGGAUCAGCUGUUCAACUACAUUGAGAAAUACCUGGCUUCCAAACGGCAGCGGAACCACGUGGCCUCUGCCUGAAGAUGUGCUGAACCUGAUCGAAAUGUGACCUUCAUCUCGGGGAAAAAAGUGAAAAAGUUAUUGACUUGCAUUGAUUUGCAUUCAAUCCACUGUUGUUGUUUUUUAGCGGGUAUCCAUGUUCUCAGAUGUUGAUUUUAUUCUCCGAGUCAGCUGAGCUGAUGUCUUUGUUGUUCUGAGACUUCUUUUUCCUUUUUUUGUCCUGAGGACAAGUAUCAGUUAGGACCAUAUUGAGUCUUACACGUAUGUGUAUGUAGUUGCAGCCAAAACUGUGUGAUGAAGCUGUAUUAUUUAUUGUGUGUGUUUUGUAUUUAAAGUAUUUAAAGUAAAAUAAAUGUCUUACAUAUAACACGUGCCUCCCCCCAAAAGAUGAUACAGAUGCUAUGGUGUUCCAUUCAUUAGGAGUGGGUAACCGGCAGAACACUUAUAUGUCACAUCCUGCAGUGCUGCAGUCGACAUGUGGGGAACUACUUGAGUGUAAACUCAACGGGCUGAUGCUCUAACCUCAAACGUGACCCACAUACAUCACUUACCAGCAGCAGCCGUGCUGUACCUUAACUUACCGUAAACUGUAACUAGCCAGCCUUACGCUCAUUACAAAUGCAUACUUGCACAUGCGCAUUCUCAAAACAUGCAGAAGCAAUCUCACUUACUCACACGGAGAUCGUAUCUUUAUUUAAAAAAAGAAACUUAAACAAAGGGGUAAAACAGAGCAGCCGUGCAUUAAAUAACCAAAUAUUACUUCUUCUUUUUUUGAGGGGGGGAUGUCACCGUAGAUACCUGAGUAAUAAAAGUAAUACCCAAACAAAAAUAAAACACGUUCCAAAUGAGAUUUGAAUGUGCGAACAUGCGUCACUGUAGUCACACAAGUGUGUGUACGGUUCCUGACUUGACUGAGUCCUGAUUCAGGUCUGCACUGAAACUAGACGAUUCACUUGUUAGGUCAGUGUGACAUGAGCCGAAUAGUAUCAUUACAGCGAUUACAGUGCCUCCAUGCAAAGAUGUAAUUCACAACAGCUCUCUGGGGAGCAUGGCCCUUUAAACUAGCGAUUUACUCCUCGGAUUAUAGGAAACCCAAAUCCCAAUAAAGGACACUUUGAAUCAUGUUGCUAUACAAGUGUUGACUCAGUGACUUAAAAACAAGUGUGUACGUUUUGAAUCGCCUCCCGUCCACAUCAUGUAUAUAUAUGUAUCAUUGUAAAAAAUAAUUCACUGGUACAAUUAAAGUGCAAUUAACAAUCUGUGCAAUAUUAAUACUUGUAUUUUUUCUCCAUGUGUCACUAUUGCUACUGGUCUGUAUAUAGUAUUUAUAUAUCUUUUU